AUGACGAGCGGGGCCUUCAUCGGUGCGAUGCGUCGCUUUACGAGCCAUCAUUCCAUUCCCCGUGUUAUUUAUUCUGACAAUGCGUCAACAUUUGUCAGCUCCUCAAAUAUUCUGAACGAGUUCUUUAAGCACCCUGACGUGGCAAAGGAGUUGGCCAACAUGAGAAUUACAUGGAAAUUCAUCCCCAAACGAGCACCGUGGUAUGGAGGCUGGUGGGAGCGACUGAUUGCGCUCACGAAAAAUUCCCUACGAAAAAUGGUUGGUCGGACGAGACUGACUCUUGUACAAAUGCAAACCGUUUUUGCGCAGAUAGAGGCGAUAUUAAACGAUCGGCCUUUAAUGCGCGUUCCAACUGACAUCAUAAGCUUUGAGCCGCCUACCCCUGCCCAUCUACUCUACGGUCGGCGAAUGAUGACACUACCGUCUCAUUAUGCAGCAGAUGAGGAGUUAGAAGAUCCAACCUAUGGGCGAGCUACGGAACCCCUGAUUCUAUCCAAAGCCUACCUUCGAACGCGAAAUGUUUUAAUUGCUUUCUGGCGCAGAUGGAGCACCUUCUAUCUCCCGUCACUGCGAGAACACCAGCAAGCAACUAAAGGAACCCUCAAAGAAGUGAUCAAGAUUGGUGAUGUCAUGCAAAUUCAUCAAGAAGCCCCAGCUACAAGUUCGUCGGUGUUUACAAUUCAAGAUCCAUCUAAGUCCGUGUCAUCGAACCCGAUUCCAAUCACCGAGGAAAUGCCUACCAGAGCAGGGAGAAUCCAGCGCAAAGCAGCCCAACAAGCCGUAAGAAAGAUCAAAAGGGUGGCUAUAAUGGAGACGGUGGAAGAAGAAAAUCAGCAGAGUCUGAGUUUCUCCGAUCCUGUUGAAGAUGAAGAUAUGAUAGAAGGGCGCCGUGGCUUGAAUCCAAUUGCGUACGGCGGUACUGUCCGUUUAGUAGAAUCUUCAUUGGAUCGGAAACCGGAGACAGUUCUGGAUGGCCGUGGCAACCCGUGCACUAAAUAG